UCUACUAAUCGUAAAGGUAUCCACUUUCCUUCCGAAUGCAUCUUCUACUUUUAUAAAGUAUUCUAAAUUUUGGGGAAUGUGUUUUCUACAAUGUACUCUUAUGUCUACUCAAAGUAUAAAGUGUAUUCAGAAUUUUUACCAUUCUUCCAAACUUUUAGAAGUUGCCUUUUACGGAUAAAAAUACCUAAUUUUUUGCGAAAAUUAAUGAAAUUUCAGUUAAGGAAAUAUUCUAAAAAUCUCCUAAAAAUAUUCUAACUUCCUAAAACGUGUUAUGGUCGAUUUUACUUGAAUUGUUUUUAAAAAAACGAUUCUCCCUUCUCUUCUUCAUCAAUCUAUGGUUUUUCUAUAGUUUUUCUUUUGAUUCUUCUCACAAACUCUUGUUUUCUAUGAUGCAUAUUUAUACCCUUUUUCUUUUUUUGUUUUCGAUUGCCUUUCAAAUGUUUUUUUCCCUUUUUUCCAUUAACUUUAAAAAAAAAAUUCAAAUUAACUUUUAAAUUGUGUUUAAUUAGAUUAAAUAUAUGGUUAGUUUUGGGAUUAUUAAAAAAAUUAUACUAUUAAGACAACUUCAUGUUUGUUUUAUACCAAGGGGACAUCAACCUUGUUUUUUUGUUCUCUUUUGGCAAUUUUUCCUUUUCUUUUUAACUGAAAUAACAUAUAAAAGAAUAUGAGAAUCAAACAACAAACAAAGAAAGAUAGAUCCAAGCUAUUGACAACUUAAACAAACUCAUACCAGUUAUAGUUUUAUAAGUUACCAGUUAUAGAUUUAUUUGUUAUCAACUUAAACAAACUCAUACCAGAUAUAGUUUUAUCUCUAAAAAGUAACAAAUCUUGCAAAUAUAAAAUGAGUAUCUAAACUUAUUAAUGAUAAUAUACUAAAAUUUUGAGUUAUUUAUUUGAAUUUAAUAUUAUAAAAAACUCAAACCACUUAAAGAUUAACACAUGGCUGAGAAUAUCUAAUGAAAAACUACAAGUUUCUAUUUGGAAAUACUAUUACUAAACACUUCUAUUUUUUUUUUUUACAUUUUCCUUUGAUGUUUAGAUAUCUAUAGAGUUCAAUGGAGAUGCUCUUACUUAGGUCUCUAUAUAUAAUGGUACCUUUGUGAGUUGUAUUCUCUAGAUAUCUCUCUCCUUCCCAUCAGCGGUUAAUGGAGCAAUCAUGAAUAGAGCAGAAAAUUCAGAUUCCAUCCCAAUAGAUCUCAUUCUAGAGAUACUCUCAAGAUUGCCUUCAAAAUCAGUAGGGAGGUUUCAUUGCGUGUCCAAGCUAUGGCGAUCCAUGCUUAGUUGUCCAUAUUUCAAAGAGUUGUACUUGACCAGGUCAUCUGCUCGACCACGUCUCUUAUUUGUUGUCCACAGCGUUGGUGAGGAAGAGGAAGAGGAACUACACUUCUACUCGUCCUCACAGCCUUCAAUUCCUUAUGACAAGUCGUCUCUUGUAGUAGCCGCCGAUUAUCAUACGACGUUCACUUCAGAACUUUGUAACUAUGCAUCUGGUUUGAUAUGUUUCCGUGGAAAGGGCUGCUCAGAGGAGGAAGCAAUGCCUAUGAUAUGUAAUCCUAUGACGGGACAGUAUGCGGAGUUACCUAAAGUGAUCAUGUACAUUCCAUCAAAAGCUGUUUUAGGGUUUGAUCCAAUUGACAAACAAUUCAAGAUAUUGGUAGAGCAUUUUCCUUAUUCUUCUGCAACUAAUCGUCAUAUAAUUUUGACAUUAGGAGUGCCAAAACUUGGGUGGAGGAGUGACAUCUGUUGUCCAAAAUAUUAUGGAUAUUUGUCUGAAGGAAUAUGCAUCAGUGGAGUUGUAUACUACCUACAUUGUGCAAGGUAUUCAAAAGGAGUAUAUGAAAUAGUUUGUUUUGAUGUUAGGUAUGAGGAGUUCAAGGUUAUUGAAGCACAAUGCUUUAAUCAUGAAACUCCGACAUUGAUAAACUAUAAGGGUAAAUUAGGUGGGAUUACUGGGAAUCUUAAUGACAGUGGUGCCAUUGAGUUGCGUAUGUGGGUUCUACAUGAUGUCGAGAAACAAGAAUGGUCGGAAUAUGUCUAUACUUUGCCUGAGAAUGAUGACAUUAAACUCCACGAUUUUACCGUUGCUGGAAUGACCACUAGAGGUGAAUUUGUUUUGUCUAUGAUCGAUACAUUUAAACCUUUUUAUGUUUUCUACUUCAAUCCCGAAAAGAACGCUCUCAGGAGUGUUGAAAUCCAAGGCUUUCGUGAGAAUGUUAGUAGUGUUAAAGUCUUAGUGGACCAUGUGGAGGAUUUCAACUUUUUUUUUAAAAGAGAGUCUAGCUAGUUUGGCUGUGAUGUUCUUGUGACUUAUCUCAUCUUCAUGUGGCUUAUCAUAUAUCAUAUACUCUCUUUCGGGUUUUCAUCUCUACGCUCUCACUUGAAAACAAAAAUAAUAUUUGACAUUAUAGUAUUCAAUAUUAUGAUUACAUGUCUCGUUUGGUUGAGUUCAAUAGAAAAUUCAUUUUAUUAAGAGUUUUUGAAUAAUCUUGCACACAAACAAAAGCCGAAGCUUUUCUUAUUAUCUGAAAGAACAUAAAAUAAUAUGCAAACCAAACAACAAACAAAGAAACAUCAAAGCUAAGAUUUGUCUUCAGUUGACAACUCCAAAGUCUUAUAUUUGGAUCAUGACUCCGAUACUUCUAUUUAUGCUAAAACAUAAUACAUAACAUGUAAUCACACGCAUUACAUUUCAUUCUUUUUAGCAUAGAGUAACGUCUUUGUAUUUUUAACAAAGAAAUUCAUGUAACAUUCAAAUUCAUUAUGAAAUCAAAUCUAUUAGUACAUCCGUAUGAUUGAAUAACAAUUGAUUUGAAUUAGAAUUUAUGAAUCAUUACACCAAUAACACAUGAUUUCAAUACAUAUUUUAAAAUCAUAAAACCAAUAACACUAAAUUUAGUUUGGAUUUUCAAAUCCAUCAAAACAUACCAACCAAUAAUCCCUACUUAGUUAAAUUCUCUUUAUUCUUUAACAUUUAACUUAUGUACAUUGUCAUUUUUUAUAUUUUUAAAAUUAUUAACGAUUUAUUUCUUGUUAAAUCCAGAAAGAAACAAAUAAGUAGCCAAUAUUUAUCUUUUUUCCAAUUACUUUUUUUUCAUUUUUUCAUUUUAUUUUAUUAUUCUAUAAGUUACCUGUUAUAGCUUUUUUGACAUCAACUUAAACAAAUUCAUACCAAUUAUAGUUUUAUCUCUAAAAAGUAACAUAUCUUGCAAAUAUAAAAUGAGUAUAUAAACUUAUUAAUGAUAAUAUACUAAAAUUUUGAGUUAUUUAUUUGAAUUUAAUAUUAUAAAAAAGUCAAACCACUUAAAGAUUAACACAUGGCUGAGAAUAUCUAAUGAAAAACUACAAGUUUUUAUUUUGAAAUACUAUUCCUUAACACUUCUAUUUUUACAUUUUCCUUUGAUGUUUA